UUGAAUACAGGUGUGAAACAAAUUAACACCCUAAAAAAAUUUGAGAAGGGAGUCAACUUUAGAGCAUAAAUGCAGCUGCAUCAGGAACCGACAAUACUAAUACCGGUCAAUUUGAAACCACUGGUGGACCGACAAUAGCCGCAACAGGUGUGCGAAACGACGGGGAUGUUAUCCGAGAUGUUCAAUUUCGCUCCCACCAGCAGACCGCCCGUCCUCGCCUCCGUGCACUUGCUAGACCAUCACCAUCCCACCGUCAAUGGCUGGUACGACGGCAACAUAGAUACUUCUUCCAAGGAUAAUGCAAAUAAUCAUCAUCAUCAUCAUCAUCAUCAUCAUGUAAUCAGACCGACUUCCACCUCCAGAUUCCAUCCACGAUUGAUGUGGAUUCGGCGGCGUGCAACUCUUCCUCUCCAAUCCGCCGCGAUACCCGUCUCCACCAGUACCACUGUCAUCGUCCUCCACUCUUCACAUGCUUCUCCCACAUAGGUACGCCUCCCACCCGACGCGAUUCUCGUGGGUCUCGGAGUCGAACCCCUCAGAAAUUGGUUGCACGGUUGAAGGGAAAGCGCAGGGCCUAUAACACCUUAGGCAAAUCCCACAUCGACAAAGCACGGGAGAGAUCCAUGGUUCAUAAGUAAGAAACUGACCGUAACUGACAAGACGAGUAUUUGGAUGUAAUGGAGGAGUUCUUGUGAGAAUUCCGAAGUUAAACGUGCUCACUGUGGAGUACAACUAGGAUGGGUGACCUUAUGGAAAAUCACCUUGAAUUGCACCCCAAGCUGAAAACCGUGAGGGUCGAGGCCCAAAGCAGACAAUAUCUUGCUCGGGAAAAGGUUCGAGAUUUUACAAGGCGCCUCCACUAAAUAUAAUAAUUAUUAUAUUAUUAUUAUUUAUAACCCGCAAUUGUAACCCCUCGUACGUAACCGUUAACCCAACUGUUCACGUAUUAGGGUCGAACCUAAAUUCAAAGGUCGGGGUGUUACAGGGCCUCUCCCUGUCCUCGUCGCUCCCGCACCUGGAAGCUGCCAAGGGCGAGGAAUUGCCAAUUAGUAAAGAGGGCGGCGGAUUAUUAUUAUUCAUUUUUGCAAUUUAAUUAAUUUUAUUAAAUAGG